CUAGGCUCUCUGCAUCGAAUGUCCUAGCGAUUCAUUCGUUGGUCAAGGAUCGAAAUCCACGAGUCUCUGUGCUGCUGGUUUUUUCCUUUGGGGAUUGGUUUACUGUUUAUGCUACAGAAGUAGUUUUCGGGGGUCUAUUUAAGCUCUGGAGGGCUUUUUUGAGCCCUUGAGGUGAAAAGAAAUUGAAAAAAAGCCAAAUUGUUUUGUAGUUUUCAAGUUAAGAUGGGGGAAGCUCUGCUUAGUUCAAUGCUUACUGAGAUUCUGAUACCUAUUUGUGCUGUUGUGGGGAUAGUGUAUGCUCUAAUUCAAUGGUUUGUUGUGUCAAGAGUUAAGGUGGUGCCUGGUUACUCCAAUGGGUCCAACAAUGGCACCAACAGCAAAAAUGGUUUUACUGAGUAUUUGAUUGAAGAGGAGGACGGUGGUAAUGACCACAGUGUUGUUACCAAGUGUGCUGAUAUCCAGAAUGCUAUUUCUGAAGGUGCAACCUCAUUUUUGUUCACCGAGUAUCAGUACAUGGGUGUUUUCAUGGUCGGCUUUGCAGUUAUUAUCUUUCUGUUCCUUGGUUCAGUGGAAAAAUUCAGCUUAAAAGAUCAGCCAUGCACCUACAACAAGGAAUUGAUGUGCAAGCCUGCUCUUGCUAAUGCUGCUUUCAGUACUGUAGCUUUCGUACUUGGUUCAUUGACAUCUGUUUUAUCUGGAUAUCUCGGAAUGAAGAUUGCAACAUACGCAAAUGCGAGAACAACUUUAGAAGCUAGGAAGGGUGUUGGAAAAGCUUUCAUCACUGCCUUUAGGUCUGGUGCCGUUAUGGGAUUUUUGCUUUCUGCAAAUGGACUGUUGGUGCUUUAUAUUAGCAUUAAUCUUUUCAAGCUAUACUACGGAGAUGACUGGGAGGGCCUUUUCGAAGCUAUUACUGGUUAUGGUCUUGGAGGUUCCUCCAUGGCUCUAUUUGGCAGAGUUGGUGGUGGUAUUUACACUAAAGCAGCAGAUGUUGGUGCAGAUCUUGUUGGAAAGGUUGAGAGGAACAUUCCUGAAGAUGAUCCUCGAAACCCUGCGGUUAUUGCUGACAAUGUUGGUGACAAUGUUGGAGAUAUUGCUGGCAUGGGGUCAGAUCUGUUUGGUUCCUAUGCUGAAUCCUCAUGUGCAGCUCUGGUUGUAGCAUCAAUCUCAUCAUUUGGAACUUCACAUGAUUUUACUGCAAUGUGCUUUCCCUUGCUCAUAAGUUCAAUGGGUAUCAUUGUUUGCUUAAUCACAACUUCAUUUGCCACGGACAUAUUUGAGAUAAAGGCUGUGAAGGAAAUUGAGCCUGCUUUGAAAAAGCAGCUUAUUAUUUCUACUGUAUUGAUGACCGUUGGCAUUGCUGUUGUAAGUUUUGUUGCAUUGCCAUCAUCCUUCACCAUAUUCAAUUUUGGUGAACAAAAGGUUGUCAAAAACUGGCACCUUUUCUUCUGUGUUGCUGUUGGUUUAUGGGCUGGCCUUGUAAUUGGUUUUGUCACCGAGUACUACACCAGCAAUGCGUACAGCCCUGUACAGGAUGUUGCUGAUUCGUGCAGGACAGGAGCAGCGACAAAUGUUAUCUUUGGGCUGGCUUUAGGAUACAAAUCUGUCAUUAUUCCCAUUUUUGCCAUUGCAAUUAGCAUAUUUGUCAGUUUUAGUUUGGCUGCCAUGUACGGUAUUGCAGUAGCUGCAUUGGGAAUGCUCAGUACUAUGGCAACUGGAUUAGCUAUUGAUGCAUAUGGACCCAUCAGUGACAAUGCUGGAGGAAUUGCUGAAAUGGCUGGCAUGAGUCACAGGAUCCGUGAAAGGACUGAUGCUCUUGAUGCAGCUGGCAAUACCACUGCUGCCAUUGGCAAGGGCUUUGCAAUUGGAUCAGCUGCAUUGGUGUCACUUGCAUUGUUUGGAGCCUUUGUUAGCCGUGCAGCAAUUGCCACUGUUGAUGUCUUGACCCCAAAAGUUUUCAUUGGUUUGAUUGUGGGAGCAAUGCUUCCGUACUGGUUCUCUGCAAUGACAAUGAAAAGUGUGGGCAGUGCAGCUUUAAAAAUGGUUGAAGAAGUUCGCAGACAAUUCAACACUAUCCCAGGUCUCAUGGAAGGAACUGCCAAACCAGACUAUGCAACUUGUGUAAAGAUAUCAACCGAUGCUUCUCUAAGGGAAAUGAUUCCCCCUGGUUGCCUUGUGAUGCUUACACCUCUGAUUGUUGGUACUUUUUUUGGUGUGGAGACACUAUCAGGUGUCCUGGCUGGUGCCCUUGUCUCUGGCGUGCAGGUAGCUAUAUCUGCUUCAAACACCGGCGGUGCUUGGGACAAUGCAAAGAAGUACAUUGAGGCUGGAGCAUCGGAACAUGCCAGGACACUUGGUCCAAAGGGUUCUGAUUGCCAUAAGGCUGCUGUCAUUGGUGACACCAUUGGAGACCCUCUCAAGGACACAUCUGGACCAUCCCUUAACAUUCUGAUCAAACUCAUGGCUGUUGAGUCCUUGGUGUUUGCUCCAUUCUUUGCAACCCACGGUGGUCUGUUGUUCAAGCUUUAGAAAUGUUCCUCAAGCUGUAUUUAGCGGAAUCAAUUUUCUCCUCGAGUAUGAUGUUGAAAACUCAUCAAAUGUUGUUAUUGCUCUCUUGUGAUCGGUAGUGGCAAGUUUAUUUAGAUAUUGUUAGGUUCCUGGAUAAAUGCCCCUAGAGGGCGAUGGUUCUAGUUAAAUGUUAUUUGGCUACUUGUCCGUUCAAUUUUGUUACCAUUUUUCAUGAAAAUAUAAACUACUCUGAAUUAUUCCGCA